AUGAAUCGUUUCACACCGAAACAACGCGCCGAAAUAGUGACGCUGUACAUUGAAAAUAGUCGUUCAGUUGUGUUAACUCAACGUGCAUAUCGUCGAAAAUAUCGUGGCCAAGAACCACCGUCUGACAACACUAUUCGUCGUUUGGUGUCGAAUUUUGUUGAAUCUCCAGAUUUGACCCCUCCGGACUUCUUUUUGUGGGGUUAUUUGAAAAGCAAAGUGUACGCCAGCAAGCCUCAGACCAUUGACGAGCUCAAGGCAAACAUUCGUGCCGAAAUCAUCGCUAUUCCGCCCGAGAUGCUCGAAAAAGUGAUGGAAAACGCAGCAAAAAGGGCACAUUUUGCUUUGGACAAUAAAGGCGGCCACUUGAUUGAUGUUGUAUUCAAAAACUAG